UUAGAUAUCUUCCACCUCAGCUGAAAUUUCAAAUUGAUUGUUCAAGACAAGACACCGCAGAUUAAAUCCUAGGAUAGUUUUAUUCGACGCGGCAGCGGCACCACAAACAUGCGGGUUGCCAGACUGAAUUUGGCCCAGAAUUCUUACCCAGCAAAGUGCAUCUUGCUUCUACUCAUCGGAUUGUUUUCAUUGUUUAGCUUUUACAAGUCUGUGCAGCACUUUCAACUGAUCAACUUCGAGACAUGGCCACCUGGAGAUGAGGAUUUCCUGGGUCUCGACGCGGAUGAUCCGAGAUUGAUCGAUUACAUCCGUCAACACGUCAUCGUGCCUCCCUCUACCGAACCCUACAAUUUGUAUUAUGGGAUCAACCAUGACCCUUCUGACGGCCAGUCGAAAGUUGUCGACGAACUAUUAAACCAUAAGCGGAAUGGCUUUUACGUCGAAAGUGGAGGUUACACGGGCGAAGUGGUAAGCAACACUUUAUUUUUUGAAAUAAAACGAAAUUGGACCGGGAUCCUGAUUGAGCCGAACCCGAGGAACUUUGAAAAGUUAUUGUCUAGGAAGCGAAAAGUGCACUCAGCUAAGGCGUGCAUCGGAGAAACUAAAUCAGCUGACAAGGUUGUAUUUGCAAACCAAAAAUACGCUGGCAAGAUAUUUAAUCCUCAAGAUCCAAACCAACGAGGAUAUUCAUUGGACCUGAGCAGCGCAAAAUGUUUCCCGCCGAGUACAAGGUCCUGCAGUCCAUACCCUGGGACAAGAUUGAUAUUAAGACGUUAUCCGUGGAGUACAACCUCAUCCCAGAAGGAAUGCCUGCACUGAUUGACUUCAUGACGUCAAAAGGGUACAUCUACUACAUGAAAUUCAUCAGGCCUUAUACACACGACCUCAUUUUCGUCAAACAGGAAGUGUUGGAUCAUACAAGAGUGCAAUAUGGAGAACUGCCCAUUCUGGAUGUUAAUAACACAGUCAGUUGGAUGACUCGUUCGAAUUUGGAGUCAUGAAGAGAUAAUAGCAAGAAAUAUUUUCAACCAAGGAAUGGAGGCGAGACAAUUGGCAGUCGCUUCUUGAGUUGCAAUUAUGCUUGAUGAACAGCAGAAAUAUUAUCAGUUCAUGAAGGAAGAAAAAUUUUAGAAUUAACAAACGUUGAUUAGUGGGUUUUCAGUGGCAUUUCAAAAGUAUUAACUGGAAAAUUGAAAUAAUAACUGGUAAAUUCAAGAAUGAACUUGAAAGACUUUGAAAAUUAAGUGAAAUUAUCGCUUUGAUAAAAUAAUCAACUUGUAAAAUAAACUUCAAAUAAUCGGCUUCAUAGUGCGUAAAAGAAUCCCAUGCAGCUCAUCCGCUAUCAUAAGGUUGGGUUCCUUUCUGAAAUAUUGUUAGGAUAAAUCAUUGAGAAUUGAUAACGACUCCACAACAUUAUAGUGUCUUUGACAUUACAAGGUUUGAACUUACAAUUGAAGCUCACAAGUCGAAUAUGUCGCUUCCCUUUCAUAGGCAACAGUUUCCAGGCGGCCGAUGAGAGGCAAGCUGUCAGCUGGAACUGAUAAGCUUUUGGUCCGCUACUAGAAUCUCAACACAAUGACUAACAGCCAACGCAGAAUAUCGAAUACCUUCUAUCAAAUACAUCGAAACCGAUUGAUGCGAUACCUUCUUUCUAAAAAAUAUGCAAUCGGCUUUCGUUAAACACAUGGUUUGACGCAGCAGGGGUUGAUGCUACUCGAUCACAACUUACUUCAUCCCUUAAUGCUCUGAUACAAGGUGUAGUAACUGUAGUAUAGAUCUAGAUGCAUUAAUUAGCCAGACGUUUCUAGACUUCCAGCCGCACUGAGAAAUAGAAAUUGCACCUCGCUUUGUAUCUUGAAACUAUUCAGUUUCUCCGAUGAGUCAGUGAGCGCUCUAUCGUACUCCGACAUGUUUCUAAAUGUUUUCAAUGAAACGAAACCAUUCCAAAAUUAUUAAAACAUCUAACUCAAUUCGUUAAAAUUUGAAACGAAACCAUUGAAAUAACAACGACAAAUUUUAUCUGGUUAUUUAAUAAAAUGAUUUUGUUUGUGUCCAGCAACACACCAUCAACAAACCUGAUAGGAAGAAAAAAAUACCAAGAAAUAUUUUUAUUUUCCCAUUCCCGUUUUAAAUCAUCGCAUUUGAUCAAGGAAUUCUGGAGAGUCCUUUAUACCAGCUUAAGCUUAUUCAUCUAUAGUCUACACCUAAUGUAACUGUUGUGACAUAAAAUUCACAUAUAAUAUAUUAAUUUUCAUAUGUAUAGCAUAAAUGAUUUUGAGUAGAAAUUCUGACUAAUAAGUCACUUAGAAGUGGAGUCACAGCAAAUUAACUAGGUGACGAAAUCCCAUUGGAGCCGUGCAGUGCAGCCAGCCUGAGGCUUAGCGGUGUACAGUCGGACUUAUGAAAGGUUUUUCACUCAUACCGAACAUUACAGCUAUAAGAAAAUAAUAUCCUAGAGUUCCAUCUUUAGAUAAAUCAAGUACCACAAUAAACUCUAUGUUGUUCUUUCAUGAAUUUAGAAAGGAAAGGAGGAGGCGCCAUCAAAUUUUUUUGGGGCAAAUUUUCAUGUUAAUAUCUUGUAAAAAUAGAUUUCCACAAAACAAAAUGGUACAAUCUGACUCUGGAGCCUCCAAUUGUCGGCACAUUGAGAGUUCGACAAAAUUGAAGUUGUUCAUUCAGUGAGGCAGGAUUUCGGGUUCGAGAAUAGGAAAACCAUACAUUUCUUGAACCAAUGAUAAUUUACCAAAAUUUCGUCAAAAGUUUGUCGGCCUCUUGGUCCACUAAGAGGUCUCUCUCUCGCAUCCUCUGCUUGAUGUGAUUCGUUGUUGUGGUUGUUGGCUGGAUAAAGGUUGGCUGGAUAAAGGCCGGGUUAGUAUUAUUCCUAUAUAUGAAUAAAUGUAUUUGUUCAUUAUU